AUGGCUGAAGAAAACUCUACGGUGUCUUGUUCAGCUGAAGCUGAGAAGACUAUAACUAGUGUACAUCAUCCAGAAAUGGUUGAUAAUAUCAAAGGAGCAGUAGACGCCAUCCCAUCAACAGAAGAAAAUAUCCCAUCAGAUGCGGUAAGCAAUUUUCUUUUACCUGAAAAUAUUACAUCCAGUGAAGGAGCCAAAUCAACUACUGAAGAAAAUUGUUCACUUUCAGAAGAGAUAAUUGCAGAUAACAAGACCAUUACAGGCACUGAACAAACAGAGUCACAUAGCAAAGAGAAUUGUCCAGCUCCAGAGGGCAUCCCAUGUAAUGAGGAAACCUGUUUAACUAUUGAACAGGUUGUUUCAACUGAAAAGGAAAUCCGUUAUCCUGCAGACGAGAUUACCCCAUGUACCAAGGAAUACUGUUUAUCUCCAGACCUGGCCACGCAGACUGCCCAGAAAAGUGAUUCUUCUGCUGUCGAGGCUGUGCCUAUUCCCACGCAAACUAAUUUCCCUUGUGAACAGACACUUGUUCAGGAGACAACUUCCUCAACUGAAAACAUAAAUCAGCCCACAGAGGACAUGGUCUUAACUACAGAAAGUGCCAAAUCAUUCACAGCAGAAACUGUUGUUCCUGAAGUAACAUCGAUUCAAAGUACAGGUCUACAGUCUGAGGUAACACCUUCAAGUUCUUUCAUAGAAGAAGGAAUAACACUACCGAGCACUCUUUUGGAAAACUCUGCUGAUGGUGAAAGAAAUGAAACAGUUCCUGCAGUGGAGAAGGCAAUCGAAUUAUCAGAAGUAUGCAAGGAGAAAGAAGCAGAUCAAAAUGUAAUAAAUCAUAAUACCAAUGAAAAUGGCGAUGAAAUACAGGCCGAUGAAGAGAUUGACUCACAAGAAUUCCAAGAGAGCAGUGACUUAGAGUCACCUUCAACUAGUCCUAUUCAACCAGAAUCACCGACUAAUACCGACUAUGCUGAGGAGCAAUCAAGACCAUCAAGACGACCUGAUGUUACCAAACACAGCUACUCCAGGUACAAUACUGUCUCUUAUCGCAAGAUCAAAAAAGGAAAUACUAAGCAGCGUAUUGAUGAAUUUGAGUCAAUGUUACAAAUAAAUUAA